GCUUCUAGCGUUAAUCAGCCUCACUGUUUCCUCUUGUUCCCCGCUUUCCAUUGGCGCCAAUAAAAAGCAGCUUAAUAUCACCAAGCAAGGAAAAGUUAACCAGUAACAAUUUGUUGCAUUCGAAUCAACAUCAACUCUCCUCCUUUUCUCUCCCUUUCUCCCUCUCUUUUUAUUUGUUCUCCCAGUGGUUUUAUUUAUCUUCUUCUCUCAUUCUCUAACCAUCUUAAUCCUUAAUGAUUACAAUUUAACCUUCGACAUUUAAACAAUCAUUCAUUUUUACUGUUAAUUGUUUCAACUGUGCCACUGGAUAAACAAUAUCCCAGUUUAUGUUUUCUUAAUCCAUUGGGAACAAAUUUAAUAUCUUCUAAGGCUUAAGGUUUCGCAAGCUUUUAUGUUUUUAUUCAAUCAAUUUCUUUUCUUUUAAUCCAUUUGUUGUUCAUUUUUGAAAAUUGUGCAUGAUGUUACUCUUAUAACGAAAUAAUUGACCGAAGAAAUGGAAAAACCUCUUGACUUAUAUUAUAAAAAAUCGAUUGGAAAUCGACCCCAACCAAAGAUAUUCGAAUCCACGGUCGAAUCUGAAUGUCUAGAAACUGAUGAUCAGUUUAGAAAAAUUAAUCCAAUUAAUGAUGCAAUCAUAGAAUCAAAUUUAUCACCAUCAACUUCUUGCCUUCCAUGGGCACCAAGGCAAACUACGAAUCCGAUGAUUCCUGCGACAGAUUUAGAUCCAAAAGAAAUUGAGAAAAGAUGUUCAUUGGGAUAUUGGAAGUUACCUAAUUACAUGAUUCGCUAUUAUAAGAGUAAAGGAGUUGAUAAACUUUUCGAGUGGCAGGCUGAAUGUUUAUCCUUGCCUGGUGUUAUUAAGGGUGAAAAUUUAGUUUUUUCUGCUCCAACUUCAGCCGGUAAAACAAUUGUUUCGGACAUUUUAAUGAUGAAAAAAGUAAUAGAAGAAAGGAAAACAAUCGUUAUAUUACCUUUUGUUUCUGUAAGUCGGGAACGGGUUUUAGGACUGAAAACUAUGCUCCGAUCAUCGAAAAUAAUAGUCGGUGGUUUUAUGGGUAAUCAACACACACCCGGAGGAUUAGCUGCAUGUUCAAUAGCUGUUUGCACAAUUGAGAAAGCAAAUAAUUUCAUCAACAAAUUAGUCGAAGAAAAUAACACCGAAAUUAUUGGUUCGAUUAUCGUUGAUGAACUUCAUAUGCUUGGGGAUUCUAGUCGUGGUUAUUACUUGGAACUGUUACUGGCCAAAUUAUUAUAUUUGUCAAAACACAAAGGAAAACAUAUUCAAAUUGUCGGCAUGAGUGCUACAGUUCCCAAUUUAGGCGAAAUCGCUGCAUGGAUGGACGCAAGAUUGUAUAUUACUCAUUUUAGACCUGUUCCAUUGGCAGAGAAAAUCUUAAUAGGCGAUAAAAUUUAUGUUGCUCCUGAUCUAAAAGAAAAUCAUGAUUUACCUGACACUCAUAAUAUGGAUUUCAAUCCCAAAGGACAACGAAGAGAUGUCUCGUUGUUUUGUGCACUCGAAACGCUCCUUGAGGGCAAUGGUGUUCUGAUGUUUUGUCCAACAAAAGCAAAAUGUGAAACCGUAGCUAAAGAGUUUGCAAUAUUGGUUUCAGCUUUGAUGAAAAGUGAUAAUUAUGAAAUCAAGACGAAAUUAACUAGUGUGUUAAAACAACAAGAUGCCACAGAUAUAGUAGAUCAGUUAGCAAGAACUCAGGCUUCUACUGAGCUGCUUUUAUCUAAAAUAAUUCCAUGGGGUGUCGCUUAUCAUCAUGCAGGAUUAUCAAUGGAAGAACGUGAGAUAAUCGAGGAAGGAUUUCGUCGAGGAAUAAUCAAAGUGCUUACGGCAACAUCAACAUUAUCAGCUGGUGUUAAUUUACCAGCUCGUCGAGUUAUCAUCGCAACACCAAUGAACUUCAAAAGUAAAAUGAUGGACAUUAUGACCUACAAACAAAUGGUUGGUCGGGCGGGUAGAAAAGGUAUCGAUGACAGAGGUGAAAGUAUAUUGAUCUGUAAUAGAAACGAAGAGGAAACUGGUAAAGAAUUAGCUACUUGCGCUUUGAAAGAAAUCAAGUCUAAUCUUGUGCAAGCUACAAGUGAAUCUGCAAACAUCAUUACAGAGAGUCUGAAACGUGCCAUUCUCGAAGGUAUCGCAAGUGAAAUGACAAUAAACCAAGAUGAGAUCAAAGAAUAUUUAAAUUCAACUUAUGCAGCUCUACAAAGACCUUUACCUUUCGACCAUGUACUUGAAGUCUUAAAUGAAUUGUCGACCAACAAAUUUAUCGUCUACAAAGCUAAUUCAUACUACGAAUCAACCAAAUUAGGAAAAGCGGUUCUUGCUUCGUCCAUCAGUCCACAACAGGCUCUUUAUUAUGUUUCUGAACUUGAGAAAGCAAGAAAAGCAUUCGUACUUUCCACUGAUCUUCAUGUACUUUUCGAAGUGACUCUUCCUCUUGGUGACAAAGAAAAAGUUAAUUGGAGAAAGUAUUAUGAUAUUUACAUGGAAUUAGAUGAAGACACUCUUCAAGUCGCUAAAAUCGUUGGUAUCAAUCCUGCUUUUCUUCAAAGACGAGCCCUCUCCGAAUCAUCCAAUUAUGAUGCGAGUACUAAAGUUCAUGUGAGAUUUUAUUUCGCUCUCGCUUUAUCGGAAUUAGUUAAAGAAAUGCCGUUGAGAAAAGUUGCUGAGAAAUUUGGUAUUCCUCGAGGUGAAUUACAAUCGAUUCAACAAAAUGCUGCAGCUUUUUCCGGUAUCAUUACGAUGUUUUGUCAACGAUUAGGUUAUACGAAUCUCGAACUGAUUAUUGGCCAAUAUCAGGAUCGACUUCAGUUUGGUGUUCAACGAGAAUUGGUUGAUUUAAUGAGAAUUUCUGUUUUAACUGUUGACAUUGCUCGACAUUUGUACAAAGCUGGUUACACAAUGGUGACCCUAUUAGCUAGAAGUAAACUCGCUCUAGUUGAACGUGCCUUAACAAACUCUGGCCCUUUUAGGAUGGAAAAUGAUUCAGGUUCUGAACAUCGUAAAAUUUGGAUCGGAGGAGUUGCUCGAUUUGUUGGUGAUGCUGAAUUAGCCAAACUAAUAGUUGAAGAAGCUCGGGAAAUUGUUAAUCAGAUCGUUGGUAGUCGAGUGAAUUGGGAUAAUGAUGAAAUGGACACUGGAAGUCAAGAAGUUAAUCAAGCUGAUCACCCAAAUAAAACCAAGUUUUCCAAGAAUAAGAAAAAUAAAUUAGCCGUGAAUAAAAAGAGACCCAUGAAAGCAAAGAACAACAAAGCACAAAGAGUGAAAAACACCAAUUUAGCAAAUCAAAAGCAUCGAGAACGAAUGAUCAUUAAUUAUAAUAAUAAAUCGGAAAGAUCCUCACAAACAAUAAACACUUCCCUUGGUAGUGCUGCAAGUAACAGCAAAGAAAAUAGUUCAAGUUAUACAUCUCUUGAAUUUGAUGCAAUUUAUAUUCCGAACGGAUCAAAAAAUAAUUUAUCUCGUGGAUCAAGUCCAGUGUCGUUAAAUGGUGAUAACGAACCGAUCGGUGCAAAGCGAUCCAAAAGUCCAGUUGAACUUUCAACAAUCGACGGAGCUCUUCAACUCAAGAUGAAAAAAAUUGAAUCAAAUUUUACCGCCUGUUCGCCAGUGAUUAAUUGUGAUCCAGUUGAAAAUAAUUCCCAAUCAAUUUUCUCUUUUCAAGUUGAAGAUCUUACCGAUCCCAUCACGAUGAGUGAACUUUUCACCAAACUAAAAAGUUCAGAAUCAAUCUCACUGAUUGUAGAUUUACAGCCCUACUUAUUUCCUCCAACUCAAAUCGGUACCGAUUCAUUGUCGCAAUCAAACAACAACAAAGAUGUUGAUGGCCUUGAACUGUCUUAUAAUAAGUUAUUACAUUUAACCAAAGUGUCUUUGAGUAUAGAAAGUGGAAAAGUUUAUCGUAUCAUUGGUAAACAAAAUCUCGAAAAAUUUGCCGAAAAAAUUUCAUCAUUUAUUAGAUCAUUAACCAAGCCGGUGACUUUUACUGUUUACGAUCUUUAUCAAACCUACAAAGUGUUCAGAAAAUGUUUCGAUCUUUCCAAGGAAGAGAUGAAAAAUAUCGUUUGGUGGGAUGUCAAGGUCGCUAAAUGGUUACUCGAUCCAGAAUGUACAGAGCCAAGCAAAUGUCUUGAUUUAGUUUUACCUCUAAUAGAAAAUGAGAUUGAUAUUGAUGAUCAUUUUGACGACAACGAAUCACAAUGGGAUAAAAGUUGCAUUUCUGCUGGUUAUCUAUUCAAAUUGAAAGAUGAAUAUGGUCAGAAAUUAAUCAAAAUGAAAUUGAGCACAUAUUUUGCCAAAAUUGAAAUGAAUUUGAUACCAAUUCUGUCCGAAAUGGAAUAUGGAAUCGGUGUAAAUGUAAAACAGUUAACCGACUUACAAUACGAUUGGUCUGAAUUCGAAAGUUCUGUCCAUGCCGAGGGGGAAGAAUUAAUCAACCAAUCAUAUGAUGUUGAUAAAAAGGCCGAAUUGUCGACAAUCCUUUACUCGAAAUUGCAAUUAUUAACAUAUUUGGAUCGUGUUGAGGUACCUGGUAAACUUCGAAUGCCUGCUCCCGCCAAUGCCUCUCGAAAAUUACCUGACCAUUUAAAGACAAAUAAGAAGAUACUCCAUCAACUUGCUGAAUUUCACAAGUUUCCGAAACUAAUUAUUUAUGAGCGUGGAUUAAAUUUCGCAAUUGAAUGUUGUACUAGUAUUCUACAAGAAAUAAGACCUGAUUGUGAAAGUGAUACUUUAAGUCGAGUCUCUGGUAACAGUGUUCACUGGUCAGUCACAGGAAGAGUUCAAAUGACCAAUCCUAACCUACUUAAUCUAUCAAAGCCUUUUAAAGUUGAACUGAAUGGCCAAGAAAAGAUGAUUAAUGUACGAUCCGUUAUCCAAGCAAGAGAAGAUCAUUCUUUCAUAUCAGCUGAUUAUAGUCAAUUAGAACUGAGAAUCUUGGCUCAUUUCUCUCAAGACAAAUUAUUAUUAGCAGCUUUGAACGGAGGUGAAGAUGUUUUCAAAACCAUAGCUAGUCAGUUAAAUGAAAAACCAUUGGACCAAGUUACGGAUGAUGAGCGAUCAGCCGCUAAAAAAGUUUGUUAUGGUAUAAUUUAUGGAAUGGGUAUCAAGGAGCUUGGUAAUCAACUGGGAAUACAUCAUGAAGAAGCGAGAAGUUUCCGGGAAACUUUUCUCAAUAAAUACACCGAACUGAAAGAUUUCAUCGAAACUUGUAAAAAAGAUAUCGAAACCAAAGGUUACGUUGAAACUUUACACAAACGCCGGCGUUACAUUAUCGCCAAAAAAGACAACCCAGGUCACGAAGAAGUAUCCAAAAUCCAAAGGCAAGCGUUAAACACCAAGAUCCAAGGGUCGGCUUCCGAUAUAGCGAAAAUGGCCAUUUGUAAAAUCGAGCGGGAAAUGAAUAAGCGCAACAUCGCAGACAUUUACCUGGUUCUUCAAAUUCACGAUGAACUAGUAUACGAGGUGCACGAUUCGAUUAUCGAAAAAGCCAAAAGUCUAAUUGUUAGAUGCAUGAACGCUUGUGCCAAUGAAUUGUCUGUUGGAAUGUCGGUAAAUGUUAAAAUCGGUAAAAACUGGGGUAAUUUAAUUCCUGUGCCUGCAAAGUCCGUUAAAAAUUAAUCUUUUAAUCAUAAUUCAACUAUACACAAAUCAAAAGGAUCAACAAUAAGGAUCUCUCUCUCUCUCUCUUUUAAUCACAAUCAAUAGAUUGAAAGGAUUUUAUGACAUAAUCAUCAAAUGAAUAUCUUUUUAAAGAAAAGAUCAACUUUUAACCAACAACAAUCAAUUAAAUCAUAGCUUUUAUUUUGUAUCUUUCAUUAGCAUGUCAAAAUUGAUCAUGUUCUUGAUUGAUAAUCAUAUCAUUUAUUAAUCAUGAACCAUUUUAAUCUCAAUCAAUUAAUUGUAAUUGUCUUUAAGACUACUGUCAACCGAUUUACUUCACAUUUCAAUACCAUUGAAAAUGAAUAUCUUUUAAUUUUGUACUAUUAACUGAUUAUGUUUUUUUUUAAUUGUUACACUUCAUCAACUUUUCAUUCAUCUCACAAAAUCAUCAAUCACCAUUGGACAUUUAAUUGUAUUAGUUAAUUUUAACUACGAAUUAAAAAAAAAGAGUUCAAUUUGAACACAAUUGUUAAAACUAA